UUUCUUACCAAUUCUAAUGUUCUUGUUCCCACAGACAGCCGGUCCACACCCGAUCAACGCAGUAGCCAUCUUGAAACCGGACGGCACGGGUUCGGAAGACCCCCAAGGCGUGAUCACCCUGGUGCAGCCGCACCCGCCCGAGGGUCCCGUCUUCCUGUCCGGCAACAUCACGGGACUGACGCCGGGCAAGCAUGGCUUCCACGUUCAUGUCUCCGGAGACCUGCGGGAAGGGUGCAAGUCGCUCGGGCCUCAUCAUAAUCCAAUUUUGGUCCAACAUGGAGGCCCAACCGACCCCUACCGCCACGUGGGCGACCUCGGCAACAUAGUGGCAGAUGAGGACGUGGCUAAAGUGCAGAUAUCCGACCACCUGAUCAGUCUAGCCGGCAGCCACGUGAUUGGUCGAGGCCUAGUCGUGCACGCCAAUCCCGACGAUUUGGGGCGUUGCGGAGACACAGAGAGUCUGCAAACUGGCAACGCUGGAAAGCGAAUCGCCUGCGGUGUGAUUGCGCUUUACUGAGCAACGUGGCAACACUGUGGGGAGGUUGGAAAGAUUUGUUGGGGAAGAGAGAGAAGUUUAAGAAACAUUGUGUGUGAAUUAGUUCUGAUAUUUUAAGAAAAAAUUACCAGGGGUUCGAAUAUUGAUUUAUGAUUUUUUUUUUUUAAUUAUUGUUUGAGAAAUAAUUUUUCCAUGGAUAUGAAAUUUAUUGUUUGGAAGAAGAAUUACCACAGACUACUAGUCUACUAGUGGUUUGAAAUUGUUUAUAAAUUUCAUUCAAAUUCUCUUAUGAAAAAUUAGUUCAUGCGAUUCAAAAAUAUAUUGAUUUGAGUUAAUCUGAAUUGGAGAAUUUUGUUUUAGACGGGAUUUAAAAUUGUUGAGAAAUUUGGUUAACUGUUUUGAAAAAAUUUGAUGUUCAUUGUAGAUCUGAAAAAUUUUUCAUGAAACUCGUUAAGCCUGAAUUGAUUGAAAAAUUCUUUGUAAAAGAAGUUUUAGAAAUAGUUCGUGCAUUUCUAGAGGCUUCAUUAAAUUUUAUAUUGUUUUAUAGUUUAAAAAUUCCAUUGUUUAAAACAAAUACAAGGUAAUUUACAAUGGAGGAUAUUAUUUCCAUUACAUUUCAAUUGUUAAAAGUAGCCUAUGGUUGUUCAUAAUUAUUCAAUUUGUGAAUAUAAUUUGAACUGUUUCUGAAAAUAUGCUGUACCUGGGAUUUUUAUAUGAAUUCGAUUCAAAAUGUUAAAAAAAUAUUGUUUUCCCAACUGGUAUUUGAAAGAUUCACUGUUCGAUUUCAUUCAAACUUUCGACGAAAACUUUAAUUUUUAUUCUCAUAACUAUCGGCGAUUAUUGUUCAUAUCAUA